AUGUUAGGGAUAUAUUAUCUAAGAAAGUAUAAAAUCAUGAUACUUUUGAGUAUACUGUUUUUCUAUCUAGGUUGUGGUAUCACUCUAAGUUUUAUACGAAUGGAUUGCGUAGCUGCUUCACAGCAAUUAGCAAAAGAAGCACCAAGUAAAUUUGACAAAAUAGAGUAUGCAGUAUUGGUUUUAAGUGGUCCAGAAUAUGAAGCAAAGAGAGAUGCUAUUAGGGCUACAUGGGCUAACUUUGUGAGCAAUAUUUUUAUUGAAAAUGAGGUGAAAUUGUAUAAAUGGAAUCAUACAUGGGUUGGAUAUACUCCUCAACGAGAUUUUAUCAAAGUAUUCUUUGUUGUGGGGACUCAAGGUUUGAGUGGAGUAAAGUUGGAGAGAUUAAAAGCUGAACAUACGAGAUCAGAUGAUUUACUUCUUCUAGAUAAUUUGGAGGAUAACUAUAAAAACCUUGCUGUAAAAUUAAAACAUUCCCUGCAAUGGGCACAUGCACAUUUAAAAUUUCUAAAGUAUUUAAUUAAAUGUGACGAUGAUUCUUUCCUUCGGGUUGACUUGAUUGUUAAAGAUUUGGAAGCAUUUGCUCCAAACAUGAAUGACCCAGAAAUACGUAGACAUAUUACCAAAAAGCAUUCAUCAAAUGAGUAUAAAGGAUUAUACUGGGGUUAUUUUGAUGGACGUGCCAGAGUGUACCUCAAUGGGAAAUGGGAAGAAAAAGACUGGUUUCUUUGUGAUACCUACCUCCCAUAUGCAUUGGGAGGUGGGUAUAUUAUAUCCAAAAGUAUUGUGGAUUAUAUAGCUAGGAAUGCUGACUUUUUAAGUCAUUACAACUCCGAAGAUGUGUCAAUGGGUGUCUGGACAGCAGCACUUGAAGGCAUCAACAGAGUACACGAUAUACGCUUUGAUACGCAAUGGAAGUCUAGAGGCUGCGAAAAUAAUAUGCUUGUGCGACACAAGCAAACACCCACCGACAUGUUUCAAAUGUAUAGGACGCUGGUCCAUUCACAUGGGGAAAAAUUGUGUAAGACUGAAAAUUCUUUAAGGAAAUAUUACUUUUAUGACUGGAAUGUUUUACCGAGUAUGUGUUGUAAAUGA